AUGGCUUGUUCAGGACCUGAUAUCUGCGGAUUUUUCACUGUAAGUGUUAAACUGCCGUUUUGCUUGCUUACAAUUAUUAGUAAUGUAAUCUCAAUUAUAAAUUAGACGCUGUAAUCCACUUUUUUUGUAACAAAACUUCGUUUCAUACCAAAAUCCUUUCGUUGCUGAGUAAACGAUGUUGUAAAUGGUAUAAAUAUGCGAAUAUUUAAUAUCGUAUUUUCCUUCGAAGCACUUUGAGGACGUGUUUGGUAUUCAGAAAACGAUUUUUACACGUUUGCUUGUUUUUCAUGUCAUGUAUAAUAUAUAUGUUCCUCUCGAAAAUGGAGUGUCCGUCUAAAAUAAUAUAAUUUUUGGUCUUUCACGGUGGCUGUAAUGUGUUUUUAUGCACUUUUAAUAGCAUGUUGUUGGUUCGAAUGUUGGGUUUUAAAGGGUAAAUUAUAAUUUGUGUAAUUCUGUGUUUGAAAUGGCAUUUACAAUAUAUGGGGCGAUUGCACGGUGCAAUAAACUCAAUUUUGAACUUUGCACCGUGCAGUCGGUUUUGCAACUUUUGUGUUUGUUUUUAGGUACUGAUUGUUUUUUAUAGCUUGUAGAAAGAGUAUUACGUUUAAAAUACGACGGGUUAACAUUUAAGGCCUCAUUUUGGUGUCAAGCAGUUGUAGUUGUCCAAUGUAAUAUCCACUUUGAUGACUAAAUUGUCAUUUUUCUUUGUUUUGACAAACCUUUUUGUACCCCCACUUCUGUAUCAUAUCAGAAAACACAAACAACACCUUAAUUUACCUCGAUGCCUCAUUAUCAGCCGCAUUUACAUGUGUUUUCACCUUUUUCUCGUUUCCUAUCUUCGGCCGCGGGGACCUUAUCCGUCUACAUUUUAAUGCACACAAAGCUAUGUAUGGCAUCGGACAGGCCCUGAGGGUCGUGCCCCUUUAACUGUGCCCUCAGGAGCAUCGGGUUGAGAUUCUUUUUGUGCCUUUCCUCCUCCAUUCUCCUCAAGAAAUCGAUUAUUUUCGCUUUUUUUCGUUAUUUUCCGCCAAAACUUUUAACUUCACCCGCUCCACGUCUCGUUCCUCGUGAAGAAUAACAUGGAUUUGACGGCUUGAACACAAGAACGACGCGUUUGGGCGGUGGGAUUUAAUGUUAGAAAGGGAUUAGGCUUGGUGUUAUUGUUGAUGAUAUCGAUAUCUGUGGAGGUUUGACAAGAUAUUUUUAAGGUUUUAAAAAGAUUUGAGAUUUAUAAAGGUCUUUAGGUACUCUAUGUUUUAAAAAUUUAAUCAAAAUUAGCUAUAACAACGAAUUUCAUUAAGAGUUAAGCUUAUUUCCUCAGGGCAAACAAGGAAAAGUGUAUAAUUAAAGGAGAAAAAAAGACAUAAAACUGUAUUUCGAUACUUUUUAUUUGCGUUUCAUGUGAUUUUAUCACCCUUUAUUGACGUAUUGGUAAAAGUUAAAACACAGGGCUAGUAGGUUUGGAUAGAGACAAUUGAAUUUGCAUAAUAAUAUUGGUUUUCAAUUUAUUAUACUAGAUGAAAACGUGCUUUAUAUGGUUUAUAAAUUGAUAUAUAGUUGUUUUUUAAAUAUUUUUUGGAAAUACUAAACAAAAAUAAUAUUUUUUAUGUUUUUUAAGGUCAAAAAGUUGAUGGACCUCUAAAGUUUUGAGACUUUAGGUUCUAUUGGCGGUUUAGGUUCGGUUUCAAAAUUUCUUUUUUUUUAUUAACAUUGUCGCAAAUACCAUUGAUAAGAUAUCACUUUUUUCAUGACUAAUAUCUAAUUUUACUUCCAAAUAACUUAAUUUAAGCUUACGUCUAACGUUAUAUUGAUCGUGUUCUACUAGCUUCGUGAUGACUUAACGUUUAGCAAAAGUUUUGUCGCUUUUGAAAGUGGAGAAGAAUGUAAAUUGACGACAAGACUUUUGUGAAGCUUUUAUAACUAAUCGCGAUAUACGAGUCAAUUAAAUGAUUUUUCUGGUCAAAAUAACAUUAUAAGAUUAACGAUUUUAUAAUUUCAGUCAUCCAAGAUGGCGUCCUUUAUAAUGAAGCAGAUGAUCGGGAACAAGUUCGACGAGGUCAGCGGCGGCCUCAGCAAGAUGGGUGGCGAAGACAACGAGAACAAGACCGAGACCGGCGAGGACCCAGAGGUAGUGGCCGCCAGACUGGAACAGGAGGAACGACGAAAGGAGAAGCACCGCAAAAUGGAGCAGGAACGAGAAAAGAUGCGCACCGACAUCCGCAGCAAGUACAACAUCCAGAAGAAGGAGGAGGGCAUGCAGUUGGACAUGGGCGCGGACGGACGUAUCGGCUCGGCUAUUAAGAAGACUCCAGAACAGCUAGCGGCCGAAAUGAACGCGCAGGACGACAGUUUGAUAGGACAACUUGGCCUAACCGAGCACGUAGACAAGGCCAAGACUGCUGUUACUGGUGCCUUUGAGACCGUGAAGGGCUUCUUUCCUUUCGGAAAGUAA